AUGACAAUCACAUACCCUUCACUAUAUUACCUGUUUGCUCAGGCUGCUUCGGUGGGAGGAGUAUUAUUGAUAUGUGUUAUAACAGCAAUAAUAGGUUAUAGACGCUCGAGAAAACAUGGAUUGCCAAAGAGGGACUCUUGGAAACAGUUUGGUUAUUGGUCAUUCGUGGCAUUCUGGUUGGCAUGUCCUUGGUUCGUGUUGGUGGCUGCCGGAUUCAAUGGUGUGGCAUGGUAUGGUGGCGCCAUCAUCAUGUCACUACUGUGGAUUGCCGUGUUCCUACACCUCAUCCGACGCAUACCCGAGUAUAGCAAUCCGGAUAGGACCGCCUUCUACUACCGCUAUGGCGUAUCCAUUGCCAAUGGCAUCCGCCACUUCCCACCCAAGUACACCGCUGCCAUCAUCUCUGCCAUCCUCAUCGUAUCAUUCAUUUCAUGUCUAUUCGUCCACACCAUCUGUCUUACUCACUUCCCCUUUAGAGUUACAACAUAUAUGACAAGAAAGAUUGAGGGCCCUGGAUGCCCAAAGGGUCGUGUCUGCCAUUUUAUAUUGACCGUCCCUGAGGACUUGAGUGUGGCUGUUAUUGCCAACUUCCAAACGAAUGAUAAGCCAGUGUCAUCGUUUGCCAUGGUCGACACAGUGUCACAAAAGGAUUACUUUAAAGGCCGCACAAGAAUACCCAUUGCCGACUUUAACAAUCCUUACAAACGAUUGAUUCAAGCCAGCUCAUUCAAGAUGGACAAUAUCCGUGAGGAGGACAGGUAUGUCCAUUGGGCCGAUGUCACUGGUCUGCAGCCUGCCACCACAUACUACAUCUCUGUUGCCUAUCAGACUGGCAACGAUCUGUACUUCUUUGAGGAGCGCAAGUUCAGGACGGCGCCCAACGACAACUCGACAAUUGUGUUUGUGGACGGCGGCGACAUGUCACUCACACAGGUUGGCGACGAGCUGAGUCGCGUGGCCGCCACCACCGAGCCACUCUUUGCCAUGAUUGGUGGAGACCUGGCUUACGACAAUGGCUUUGACUGCUGCUACAAGAUCUGGGACGACUGGUUUGAGCGCUGGGAUGCUGCACUCCAGACGCCCACCGGCUACACCGUGCCCCUGAUCGGCGCCAUUGGCAACCACGAGGCUGGCGGCUGGAACACCAAGCGCAACACCGUACCAUUCUACAUCCGCUACCUGCCCUUCCAGACUGGCUUGCAAUCCGUUGGACCCAACGAGAGAUACACAAAUCAUACUCAUCAGAUUGGUCCCAACGUGCUAAUCGUCGUGCUAGACAGCGCAGUGGUCACGUCCAUCGAGAGCCAGAACGAGUGGCUGGACGGCGUGCUGGCCAACACCAACUCCACCUUUAAGUUUGGCUGCUACCACAUUGCCAUGUACCCAUGCACCUACGUCAAGGCCGACUACGACAUUACAUUGCGCGCCAGACAUAACUGGGCGCCAAUCUUUGAUCGCCACAACCUGUCCAUUGGCUUCGAGCACCAUUACCAUCUGUAUAAGCGAUCCAAGCCUCUGGUGGGUGGCGCAGUGAAUCCAUCGGGCACAGUAUACCUUGGCGAUGGCUCUUGGGGCGUUACAACCAUUCUCAAGACCUUUAACUACGACUACAUCGACGUAACUCACAAGUAUUCACACUUCAUUCGAACUGUUGCCAAUCCAACGUCCAGCCUGUUACAGAUUGAUGCGAUUGGAAAGAGUGGAGAUAUCUUUGAUACCUGGAAUAGGACAAUGUAA